CAUUCCGGCUGCUCCGUUCUCUUUUCGAUGAGUUGACUCGCAACGGAAGGUGACGCCGGGGAGCAGUUAAUAGAUCACGGCAGUGUGCGUUGAUUGUGUUCUAAACUGUUUGUUGUGCUGCUGCUGGAAGAAACUGCGGGAAGCUGCGCACUUUGCCAAAUUAAAUCACACAGACAAGCGAACAAAAUAAAACAGUGCCGCCAACCGCUGUGGUUCUCCUGCGAUAUUGCCGUGGGAAGUUCCUCUCGACCGGAAAAAUGCCGAAGCUUUUCGAAGAUCCUGGAGUGGACGAAUUCCGUGGAUUGAAUUUACGGAACCUGAAAAUCGAUGAGGCCUGGAUGGUGGUCACCUCCCACUUACCCCGACCGACUUGGCUCUACGUCCUGUCGGAUGACUGCGCCCAAUGCGCUUUCAAGUUGCUGUCCUCCGUUGGUGCCGGAAGUAACAACAGUUUAAAAAUGGACGCCACCCAUGGCUUGACGUUGCGCUUCAGAGACGACAACUCUUCAACCUACGCCCCUCAACUCGGCGACAGCAAUAACACGCUCUGCCAAGUCCACGUUACCAUGGGAGAAUUCGGGGUCUAUGAUGUGAAUUUGGACUCGACGGACGCUGGCCGGAUCGACUGUCGUUUCUCCACUGCCAAGGAGCCUGUUGAUAUCUACGCCCCUUUGCUGGCCUGCUUCCUGUUCUACGUCGUGCUGGCCUUUCUGUGGAUUGGCGUCAGGGCCGUUUUAAGGCGAGGCUAUUUCGACGGUUGCCUCUGCGCUUUGAAGUUGAAAAAGAGACAAAAGAAGACGUCAGUCGAAGGAAAUGAGAAUCCCGGAGGAUUGGCCGCUCCCACCAUCGUCCCGGCGGUGGCAGAUGAAAUAGCUCCGAAAAAGAAGAGCUCCCGACUCAAAUCUUUGGACACAUUUCGCGGAAUCACCAUUGUGCUCAUGAUCUUCGUCAACGACGGUGCCGGUCAAUAUUUCAUCUUCCAGCACGCCACUUGGAACGGACUUCAAUUGGCCGAUGUCAUCUUCCCUUGGUUUAUGUGGAUCAUGGGCGUUUGUAUGCCCAUCUCUCUUAGAUCCUCCCUGCGUCGCAAGGAGAGUAAGCUGACCAUCUUUGCCGGCAUUUUACGUCGUUCGUGUCUACUUUUCUUCCUGGGCAUCAUGAACAAUUCACUCGGUGGUCCCGUCGACCUGGGCCGGUUGAGAGUUCCAGGCGUACUCCAGCGCUUCGCCAUCACUUACUUAGCCGUUGGCACUGCCGGCCUCCUCUUGACUCCAGCCGAUCUCUCGGCUCCUCAUCCAUCAAGUAAGGUGAGAAAAAUGUUCCAGGAUAUCGUCGUCCUCUGGCCGCAGUGGAUUCUCUUCCUGCUCCUGGUUGCGGCUCAUUGCUUCAUCACGUUCUUCCUACCAGUUGAAGAGGGCUGCCCAGUCGGUUACUUGGGUCCCGCCGGACUGCAUUUAGAUAAUGCGUACCCCGGCCAUUGCAUCGGAGGCGCUGCGGGAUACAUCGACCGACUGAUCCUCAGCGUCCAGCACAUUUUCAACAAACCAACUACCAUUGGAGUGUACGGAUCCGGACCGUACGACCCAGAGGGGAUUCUAGGUUCGAUGCUGUGCACCUUUCAAGUUUUUCUGGGAGCCCAGGCCGGCAUGACACUUUUGAUCUUUAGCGGAUGGAAGUCGCGCCUCAUCCGCUGGUUGGCCUGGUCCGUCUUGACUGGAUUAAUUGGCGCUCUUCUCUGCCUGGCGUCGCAGAACGACGGCUGGAUUCCUGUCAACAAAAAUCUCUGGUCGCUGUCUUUUGUCUUGGUGACGACGAGCUUGGCCUUUUUCCUCCUGGGCGCCUGCUACUGGCUCAUCGACGUCCGAGAAUGGUGGAAUGGCGCCCCUUUUCUUUACCCCGGAAUGAACGGGAUUCUGAUGUACUUGGGCCACCAAGGAGCCUACAGCCUCUUCCCGUGGCACUGGGAAUACGGUCCGAUGAACACGCACUUUGCAAAGCUGGUCGAAACACUUUGGGGAGUUUCCCUUUGGGUUCUCACUGCGACUUGGCUGUACCACAAGAAAAUCUUCUUAGCCCUGUAAACGCUUUGACACGUGUAACAUAUUCACAAAGUAAAUAUGACAGGUCCCUUCCUGCUGUAAUCCGUUUGUGGUUCGUAGAAUCCGUACGAAAUGUAAGAGAAAGGAAUGCUAAUUCAUUGGACAUCUACCACCAUACCGUCUAUCCACUUUAAUAAUGUUAUUUAUAAUAAUUGAAAAUUGCAAACAAUAAAAUGAAAUAUCUCAUUG